AUGGCAGAAUCAGAUACUUCGUCCACUACUACCUUGACCUCGUCUUCCACGUCCACUGCCUUUGAUGUCAUUAUUAUAGGCGCAGGUCUCGCCGGUAUCAACGCUGCAUACCGCCUUCAAACCCAACUACCACAUCUCAGCUAUGCCAUUCUUGAAGCACGCGACAAUAUUGGUGGCACGUGGGAUCUCUUCCGCUACCCUGGCAUUCGUUCUGACUCGGAUCUUUUUACCUUUGGCUUUGCCUGGCAGCCAUGGAACCAACCCACUCCAAUUGGCGAGGGAGCCGCCAUUUUGAAUUACCUGAAGCAGACGGCUGCUCAGUAUGGAAUCGACCAGCGGGUUCAUCUCCGACGUCGACUCCAAACAGCCUCGUGGUCGUCGGCCCACCAAGUCUGGACAUUGACGGUAAAUGAUAUGUCAGAAGAUAAUGGAGAGAAGGCAAAUAUUUCGUACACUGCUCGAUUUGUCAUCCUCUGCACCGGAUACUACGAUUAUCAUAAGCCCCUCGAAACCAUCAUACCCGGCUUGGAGCGGUUUCAGGGCCAAAUAGUGCAUCCGCAAUUCUGGCCGGAAAACCUCGAUUACACCGACAAACAAGUCGUGGUCAUUGGCAGCGGCGCCACAGCGAUUACUUUGAUCCCGAAACUAGCUGAAAAGGCCGCACGAACAACGAUGCUGCAGCGCAGUCCCUCAUAUAUUUUGUCCAUUCCAAACAACAGGUCAAAACGUCCUUCGUGGCUGGAACAAGUUCUCUCGCCUGGGAAACUUCACGCUUGGAAGCGUAUGUCCUUUCUCUUAUGGUCUCGCUUCAUCUUUCUCUUCUGCAAGGCGUUUCCGGAUGCGGCCCGACGGCGGUUAAGACGCGGCAUCGAGGAAUUACUUCCGCCGCAUCUCCCUUAUGACCCGCACUUUAACCCAAGAUACAACCCUUGGGAUCAGCGCGUAUGUUUGACACCAAACGGAGAUUUUUUCAAUUGUCUCCACGACGGUAGAGCAGAUGUGAAGACGGGUACCAUUAAAGACGUCGUGGCAGAUGGAAUUCUCAUGACUAGCAAUGACUCUUCGUCGGUGAAGAAGGAUAUCCUGCUUCCGGCUGAUAUCAUUAUCACAGCGACUGGCUUGAAGCUCCAGCUCGCUGGCGCAGCCACUUUUGACGUGGAUGGUGUAUCUGUCGUGCCGUCAGAAAAGUUCUUCUGGAACGGCGCUAUGUUACAGGAUGUACCGAACCUUUCUAUUGUGAUUGGGUAUACCAGUAUCUCGUGGACCUUGGGCGUGGAUGCAACAGCACAGCUUAUCUGUCGAUUGCUGCGGAUCAUGGAACGGAAAAGAUUGUCCAGUGCGACCCCAAGAGUUGAACAAGGGAUCGCAUUGACUCCGAAACGCCUGUUUAAUAUCAGCUCGACCUAUGUCACUGUGGCAGAGAGUCAUCUCCCAAAAGCCGGAGACCAAGGCCCUUGGCGGCCCAGAACUAAUUAUAUUUCGGAUUAUUGGUUUGUCAAACUUGGACGUGUGGAAAGAGGGUUACAAUUUGUCCCGGGAGAGGGCGUGAAAUUGAAAGAGAAAGCAUCAUAG